GCGUGGAGAGGUUUGGUCGCGUCGUUCAUUUGGUGAUGGCGACCAACUUGUCAUCGGAUAAUCGGUAGAAAUCAGUGUGAAAGAUUUCAACGCAGUAUACGAACGGCUUGACUUGCUGCAAAACAAGAAACAAGUCUACGGUUAAAACUUAAAGACAGACAUGGGCGUGAAUUCACAUAUUAAGUCAUCGACCCUGUGCAUGUUUUUAGGUGUCCUGUUUAGAGUUCCUGGAGUAUCUAGUCAGGAUGACGUCUUCACUGUCCACCCUCAAGACCAGACUGUGAUCAGUGGAAAACCCGCCACCCUCACUUGUAAUGUCACCAAUCUUCAAACUCUAAUGGUCCACUGGACUCUGAAUGGGAAUCCUGUUGAAAACAACACUCGCAGGUUCCAGGAGUCUACUAAUCUACAUAUCACUCGAGUGGACAGAGUCCAGGACCUUGGAGACUUCCGAUGUGUAGCUACUGACGUGGACAACGGGACUUCUGUGAGGAGUCGGCCAGCACAGAUGGACGUGCAAUGGAUUGGGGACAAGGCUAAAGUACAGCUACACUCACCCAAGACCCCAGAAGAACUUUUUAUUGGGGGAGACAUGGUCCUGCGGUGCAAGGCAGAUGGAAACCCAGAAAUCACGUAUCAGUGGUUUCAUAACGGUAACAGACUCUUUCGAAACGAACGUGUAUCCUUCCGCAACAAACGUCUUCACAUAAAUAACUUGAAUGUGGCAGAUAACGGAAUAUUUUCCUGUCGAGGUGUCAACGAUGCCGGAACAGUAGACAGCGCUGAAAAUUUCCCCGUUAUUCUCCAAAGUGAAAAGACGGCAAGGAUAAUAGAAUUACCCCAAGACAUCAUCGUAAAGGAUGGAGAUUCUGGCAUGUUUAACUGUGUUUAUCGGAACGCCGCUGCUGUAGAAUGGUACGCUCCUAAAGAAGACGUCCCUUUAAACAAUGGUUCCAGGCAUACAAUCUUCUUGAAUGGUUCUCUUCUCAUAUCCCAUGUUCAGUAUAAGGAUCAGGGUAUUUAUCGCUGUGUUGGAAUUAGUGCCAGCAAAGACAUACCCCAACAAACUUAUAUAGCCCAUCUAAAACUUGCAUACCUCGAAGAGCUUUCAGAAAGUUCAUUUGAGCCACUACUUGAUGAAAAUCAGAGAGUUUUCUUCCCUUUACAUGGUCUUUUUGAGGUGGCAUGUCUGGCUCCAGCGGGAUUUCCACCUCCUCGAAUUUGGUGGGAAGAUCCAAAGGGUCACAUUCUGAGUGACAGUGGACGUAUUAGAGUAGAGGAUGGUCGCUUAAUUAUCAAUGAUGUUAAACAAAUUGAUUCAGGUAGUUUCACCUGUGUGGCAGAAAACUUGGCAGGAGAGAAGAGAAAAAAAAUAGAGCUGUUUGUUACCAUUCCACCAGUGAUCACAUCUAACCCUGUGGAUAUCCAGAUAGAUGAAGGGAAAUCAACAACAUUUUCAUGCAAAUAUAAAGGAAGUCCAUAUCCCAUUGCCUCUGUACACUGGCUAAAAAAUGAUCAAUAUGUUAACCCCUCUGAUCCUCACAUUACUGUUUAUGAAAACAAAGGAACUUUGGUCAUCCAAGAUGUGCAGUUGUCUGAUGCAGGAACAUACAGAUGUGUGGUUAACACAUCAGGGUUUCCUCCAGUUUUUUCUGAAAACAGCACUCUGGCUGUUAAAGAAACUUUGAAGUUUGUCCCACCUCCUGUUAGCAAGAAGCUGGAGUUGGGAUCUAAAGGCAAGAUUUACUGUAAAGCUCGGGGUGCUAAGAUACCCACAGUUCAUUGGGUAAAGAAUAGUGCACCAUCUAACCAUUGGCCUCCUCACAUUAAGGAUGAAAAUGGCACAUUACACUUCAAUGUUGUUCAACCAGAAGAUGCUGGAAGUUACACCUGCAUUGCUACCAGUCCUCAAGAGACAAUUAAUGCUACAAUAAAUGUUGAAGUUGUGGUAAUGCCUAGGUUCACAGUAACACCAGCAGACACAGAAGCUUAUGAGGGCUACCCAGUAAUGCUACACUGCAAAGCUAAAGGUGAUCCUCAACCAAGUAUACAGUGGGAUAAGGAUAAUGUGUUGAAAGGUUUUGACAAAAACCGAUUCCAAGUCCUGAAUAAUGGAACACUUUAUAUUAAGGAAGCUCAUAUGAAUGACAAGGGAAAAUAUGGCUGCACUGCAGGAAACAGUGGGGGAUUUCGUCGUGCUGAAGUGCUUCUUGUAGUUCGAAGUACAGAAAACUACAGUCCAAAUCAGAUAAGUGAAGAGGAUCAAGAUGAUGCUAGUACCAUGAGCAAGACUGUUACAAUAACACUGUGUGCAGCAGUCAUAUACAUUGUGCUUGUUAUAGGACUCAUGAUUUGGUGUCGUAUUCGACGAGCUCGACGUAAAGCCAUGUUGCUAGCUCAAGCAAGUGAGGAAGUGGCCAAACCAGAUGAUGAUGAUGAUGCACAAGGUGAUACUGAAAUGAAAGACAGGGUUAAUCUUGGAGCUGGUGAUCAAGAGCGAGUAAAUGGUGUUGGUAAGAAUGAGGGGGUUGUCAAUGCUCCUGGCUCUAGUUCUCAACCUGCCAACAGAUCUUCAUAUGACAAUUUUCAGUUUUCUAGAAAUAACCUUCAGACAAUGAUGCUGCUAGGACAUGGAAAAUUUGGUGAAGUAUUCCUAGCUAAAGCUCGAGAUAUUAAUGACCAUAAAACCGAAACUGUCGUUAUGGUGAAAGCACUGCAAACAAAAGAUGAAGACAUUCAUUCAGAAUAUAAGAAAGAAACUGAAAUGUUUCGUAAUCUUAGUCACAAGAAUUGGACAAAACUUUUAGGUCAGUGCUUGGAUGUUGAACCUUUUCUGAUGGUCCUAGAAUACAGUGAUUGGGGUGAUUUGAAGCAGUUUUUGUUGGCCACAAGGAAAGAAAAUUCUCGCAAAGGUCCUAAGCCACCACCACUGUCCACAUCUCAAGUUAUUGGUGUUUGCCACCAGGUGGCAACUGGAAUGGAAUACUUUUCGUCUCAGCAACUCAUCCAUAAGGACUUAGCAACCAGAAAUUGUCUGAUCACAUCUCGAUUAGACAUAAAGAUUAGUAACCCUGGCUUGUUUGAAGACACCUAUGCCCAAGAAUACAGUCGCUACCAGAAUAAAGUAGUACCACUUCGAUGGGCUGCUCCAGAAGCUGUGCUUGAAGACAACUGGUCCACAAAGAGUGAUGUAUGGUCCUUUGCAGUGCUUGUUUGGGAAGUGUUCACACAGGCAGAUUUUCCUUUUGCUACUAAAACAGAUGAUGUGAUAUUACAGUUACUGAAAAACCAUCAGCUGGUAUGGAGCCAACCAGAGGCUUCCCCUAAGUUGUUGACAGAGAUGCUUCAAGGUUGCUGGAAUUAUCAUCCAGUUGCUCGUCCCUCAUUUAGUGAAAUAACUACAAGGAUUGGAGAAAUAAAUGUUGUAAGUAAUGUGUAAACCACUGACAACAAGAUGAGAGUACACUGUGGCAGAAAACUGCUGCUAUACUAGUAUUUUUUAUGUUAUGAAGUAUUGAGUAAGUAACGUUUGUGCCAGGACAGAUAAAUUGAACAUAAAUACUUUUGUGACCUAGUCACAUUUAUAAUUUCUUCUUGUGCUUCUUGUAGAUUUUUAGAGUGGCUUUUUAUAACAUCAUUAGAAAGAAAUUUCAAGCCAUAAGUUGAAAUUUUAGUUAAUUUAAUAUCAUUUUGUUUUUUAGGCAAUACAUUUGAUAUUUUCUCAGCUGUUUUCUUACUUUGACUUGUGUUUUGAGACAGUGCACAUUUUGUAAACAUAGUUUUUGAAUGUCAGUUGUGUGUUAGCUUUCUAUUUAUUAAAUCUAAUUCUUUGCUGAAACAGUUCACUGCCACAUGGACCAUUCAGUGUGUUUGCUUAUACACAUGACAGACACAUAAGUGUAUGUAAAUCACUAUGCAUACUAGUGUUAAGAACUGUUUAGCACAUGCAGGCUAAUAUGCAAAAUAGUUAUCAAAAUAUACUAACUCCAUUGCUAGAUGUUUCAGUGUUUGUUACAAAGUUGGUGUGAGCUUAAGUGUAAAUUAGGCUAGACUCUGUACUAUGUCUGUAUUUAAAUCUUAAAAUUGUUUUGAAAGUCUAUUAAUAAAUGGCAGUACCCCAGUAACUUCCAAAUAUUAUAUGUGUUUAUUGUUAGAAACAAACAAUUUGCAUUUAAAAAAAGCUACAGUCAUAACAAGUUUUAAAGAAAAAGUUGAGUGAUUUUAAAUUUUCAUUACUUUCUUCAAAAGUGCAGUAAAAAACGCUAUAUUUAGGUGUUGGUCACAACCAAAAGAGUUAAAUCAUGUGAUAAAUAAGUGAAAUUACAUUUAAACAAAACUGAAAGUUGCCCAGUACUUAAAAUCAGUGAUGAAUUGAUAAAGAUCACAGUUGUGAAAUAUUAAGUGUUUUUUUUGUGAAAUUAAAAAGUAGACAAAAAUUUUCCUUGACUUAAAAGUUACUUGUAUAUCUGUAAGUUUUUACCUAUGUUUUGGGUGUAAUGAACUAAAAGAAAGAGGAUAUAUUUCAUAAAAUUUUCAUUUGAAACUGACAUUUUGCAAAUGCAUCUUUUAGCACCUGAAAUGUAUUUUUUAUUUUUUUUAAAUAAUGACAAAAUGACAACUUAUAAUCCCCUACUGUAUAAUAUAUUUGCCAAAAAGUAGGUUUGUGUGAAAAAUGAAUCUUUUACUUCAUAAACCUCUUGAGUUAUCUCUGUACUGUUAUUAAGAUACAUUCUUAUAGCAUUGUGCAUUUAAAGGUCUUGUGAAACAUAUUUUUCAAACCUGCUUGAAACUCCUAGCUGAGUUUAUAUCCAUCCUAUUUUAUUAUUUUAUGUGUUGAUGUUUUUUAUUUAUUAGCACUUUUGAAAGAUAAACAUAAUUAGAUCAGUUUUUUUUAUGUAUUCCAUGAUUUUUAAACUUGAUUAUGGGACUUGUCAUGCACAAUGCCUGUUUGAAUGAUUGUGUUUUAAUGUGCAUAAUGAGUUUUACUGUAUACAGUGAGGGUGCCUACUUGUGGAUACUCCUUUUUUUUUCCGUAAUAAAAUUUAUUUUUUCACCCCACCCCAUCGAAUAAAAGAAGUUAAUCUUAGCAGCUAAAUAUUUAUACUUGAAUUAGUGGUAGACCACAUUCAAAGUCACUCUUCCUUAAUUAUUAUAUGAUAAGGAACAUUCAGUGAUAGGAAGUUUAAAUUUAUUCUAAUUUAUGUUUAUUUGGAUAAAACUAUAGUUAUUAGAAUAUUGCCAAAUUAACUUUUUAAUUUUUGGACGAUUUUCAAAUUACCCUCGUAAGAGAUACAUGUGAUUUGUCAACUGAAAUUUGAAACGUGAGUACUUCUCUGUACUGUUAAUAAGACGUUUCUUCGUGUUUAUUUUUUGUUUAACUAGUUCCUAUUUUAUGAUUGAUAUACAUGAACAUUUACUCAAACAUGUAUGAAAUAUAGAGAAGCCACCUGGUAAUUUGAUGAUAUUAAAACCUUAUUAAAAUCUCAAAAUGUAAUUAAGAUAGCUUUCAUGAAUACAAAUUCACCCUCAAAUGUUGCCAAAAAUAAUGUAAUUACUAAAUUUAGGCUAUAAUAAAUUAACUGGGUCGAGCGCGGCCCUGUGGUUAGCGUGCCAGACUAGACCACGUUUCCGCGAUUCGCGCCCUCUUACAGCCAAGAAAUAAAAAAGGAUAAAUUGCGCUCCGCAUGUUUGGGUCGUUGGUGCGUUUAAUAAUAAUGUUCAAAUCCCACUAUUUGGUCUGACAAGGGUUGACUGGCUGCCAUCCCUCUAGUCUAUCACUUCAAAAUUAGGGACGGUUAGCGCAAAUAGCCCUCGUGUAGGUUUACGCGAAAUUCAGCAGAAACUUUUUAUUCGAUAGUACUUGAUUAAUCUUGAUGGUUUGAAAAAGGAGUUGCAUAGAAAUACAUCACUAGCAUAUUGUCCUCUAACUGUUUAGCGCCAUCUGCCAUAAGGUAUUUUAUUGAAAUAGGAACCUUUCGAUGAAUCUAGUUGUUUUCUUUUACGAUAACUAGAAUUUAUAUCGACUAACAUUUGUAGUCCAUAAAAUUUAUACGAUAUAAUACUUGGACGUCUGUAAUUUUCUGAUGUAUAUUAAUGUAUGUGCGAGAAGAAAAGAUGGAAAAUCAUGUAGAUCCUAUUAACAAACAGUAUAAUUCGUUAAAUAAGAUCGUUAACUAUUUUUAAAAAACUCUCAAAGUCAUUAACGAUCAUUUUAACGGACUGGCUCGUAACCGUAACAUCAUUUUUUGGACCAAAAGGAAAUCCCAGUAGGUUAAAUUAACUACUUGUUUACAUAACAAUGUUUUGCACACACACACACACACCCUUAAUGUUUCUUUUUUUUUACGUUGGGAAGAAGAAGAAACUAAGAAAUUACUUACAAAUACUCAUCACAUGUUCGUAAUCAAAACACAUGUCAGUGCUUAAGGACGUUUGAUUAAAGUGAUUUAUAUUUGGGUCCGCGAUAUUUUAUAUCACAUGUUUUAAUAUCUUCAGUUGUUAUUAUAUUUGAUGUAUAUCUAUUUCGUAUUCUUUUUCAAUAAAUUGAUGGUCUUUAUUA